CCUGUGUAUCACUCUCUCCCACAAACACACCACACUAUUAUUUAUCUUGUUCUUUACUGCUGUUAAUUCUAGAUAUGUUAUGUCAACCCCACACUGAUGUACCCACCUCUUCUUAUGUAUUUUCUUUUUUGUUUUUGUCUUAUGGUCUUAUGUUCUUGUAUGUCAUGAUGUAUGUAACAAUAGCUUUGGCAACACUGUUCCCAUAGUCAUGCUAAUAAAGCAACUUUGAAUUUGAGAGAGAGAGAGAAAUGGUGAAACCUUGCAUCAUAACUGCAAUUGUAUGUCUAACACUAAUUUUACUUUUUACUUUAUUUUUUUUCCCUCCAGAAAAUGCAAUCAAAGAUGGUAGAGUAUCAAGAGCAAUUGGGCUGUGCAAGAAGUUGGUGGGGCACUUCUCGCACAGUUGGAAGAAAAAGGCAGCACUCACUGAGGCACAGAAGGAGCUUAAGCUUCCUGAGCACUCUCUCAUUACUGAGUGCCCUACAAGAUGGGGGUCCAAAGAGAAAAUGAUUGCCAGAGUGCUGGAACAGAUGAAAGCCAUAUCGCAGGUAUUGACAGGUGACCGACAUGCACGCUCCCUCAUCCCAACCUGGCAGGAUGCUGAAGUGUUGGAGUCCAUUCAUAAGGCACUGCAUCCUCUCUCCGAAUUUACUGAUGCUCUUUCUGGAGAAGAGUAUGUGAGCAUCUCCUACCUCAAGCCAGUUCUCCAUCUUCUGGCAACAUCAGUCUUGGCUGAAGAUGCUGAGGACACUGAUCUGACUAGAUCAAUUAAAACCAAGGUCCUGGCAUACCUCAACGACAAGUAUAGUGACCUCAACACCCAGGAGCUUUUGGAUGUUGCGUCGUUCAUGGACCCUAGGUUCAAAACGCAAUACAUCAGCGCAGACAACCUUCCUGCCAUUAAGGCCCGACUGAAGACAGAAAUGGUGGAAUCGGCUAGACGUACACAUAAUCAGGAGAAGAGGUCUCGCACUGAAACUGCUCAAAAUUCCCCAAGUGCACAGGCCUCUGGGGGAAAGGCAAAGAAGACUCUUGGUAGUCUUUUUAAAACCAGUGCGGCCUCUUCAGCUUUGCCUCUGCCACUUGAAGAUGUCGUGGAGGCAGAGUUGAAUAGUUACCUGUUGACCCCUGUCAUUGACGGAGAGGAUGAUCCCUUAGCCUGGUGGAAGGUGCACAACAUUCACUUUCCACGACUGUGGAAGAUGGCCCGCAAAUAUCUGUGUGUGCCAGCCACAAGUGCCCCCUCAGAGCGUCUGUUCAGCACUGGAGGGAAUAUAGUGACCUGCACUCGCUCAUCCUUAAAGCCAGAAAAAGUAGAUAUGCUGGUCUUCCUAGCAAAAAACCUGUGA